CCCGAAUUUGAAAGCCAAAGCAGCCUCCGCAGGUUUAAAGGGACAUUUUCACCGGUUUAGUUGAUCGUGAUGUUCUAAGAAGGGAUUUAUGAGAAGGACCGAUAUUUACUUUUUAUAAUCUGUGGGACGUGUACAAGAAAAGUUGACAUGGUGUCGUCUAAUGAAGACCCCGACUCAGGUCCAGGUACGGGUGAUGAGGCAGGAGAAGACGGCAGAGGCAAAGUAGAUGGAUCGGGUCAGCCAGCCCAGCAGCAGCAGAGGAGUUGGGGGGAUAGAGGCCAGGGAGAGAAAGUGACGACUGAAAGGAAAACGAAAAUAACAGAGACACGUAGAGAGACCAUCACGUCCAAGGGCAUUCACGACUUAUCCUCAGCCAUCAACAGCUUGGAUGACCAUUUCCAGGCAGGUCUUCAGGAGGUGCACAACAGCCUGGCCAGCAUUCACCAGGAGAGAACCACACUGACAGAACGCUUGCGCAGCGUCUCGGAAAAGCUGGUUGAAGUCUCAGGAGAGAAAAAUGAAUGCCAAAAUGUUAUUUCAGAUCUCCAACAGGAAGUCUCAAACAUCAGGGACCAGCUGACCCAUGAACAGAGGACUAAUGCCGCACUGAGGAAUAGAAUCCAUGAAAUGGAAAAUGAGAAUGAGUCCCACAUGCAGAGCAUUGCCAGCCAGCUUCGGGAUCGACAGCUGGCUCACAGGACAAUUGUCAAGUGGAGAAGAAAGGUUUUCGAGAGAGGUCACUUCAGUGUGGUACGCUUACUUGAAGAAGAAAACAGUCAGCUGCGAGCCGAGCUACUAAAAUGCCAGGAGGCAGCAAAGCAAGCCUUUCUUCGUAGUGCAAAUGCUCUGAACUCGGAAGCCAUCACAAUGUUUCAGGACGCCGCCACGAGACGCCUCGGCUACGACGAGGGCGCGGAGGGGCGGUCGUCGCCCAACCCUCCCCCGCCCUCCACCUCCUCCGGCCCCUCCUCCCCCGGGUCCCCCGAGCCCUCCCGCGGCCGCUCGGGGAGCGAUGGCGGGUUCCAGGCCGAAGGUGCGGGCGAACCGCAGGCCUCUGGAGGAGGCUAUUUCAGUCGAGGGGGCCUAAGAGGCGGAGCGGGGGGCGGAGCGGGCGGGGGCGCGGAGGCCGCGACCUGGGGGCGGCGGGGCAGUGCGAGCCGCGAGGAGGCGCAGCGACACACCCACGGGAGGGCGUCGCGCGGCGGCUUCGACGACGGCAGCGCCCUGCACGGCCCUCGCGGCCUCCCGACGCAGCACCGGACGUACCCCGACAGCCCUUUCGGAUCGCAGGAGUCCCUCGAGAGUGGAGACAGCGACGCCUACCCGACGCAGGCGCAAAGGGCGGGUCUCCCGAGGAGCUUCCCCUUCGGCGGCCCGCGCGACGGCGGCGACGCCUCGGACGAAGGGUGGGGCCGCGCGGAGGAGCAGGGGGCCGUGCCCAGGAGGCGCGUCCCCGGCCCCGCCGCCACCUCCGACUACGCGCCCGAUUCCCUGCGGGAGGAGACGCGCGCGAGGCUGUCGCAGCUUCAGGAUGACCGCCGCAACAGGAUGUCCGAGGCCCAGCCUGCUCCUCCGCCUGCCGCCCAGGGCAGGGCGCCCCGGACCCUCGCCUCCCGCCCCGCCUCGGCCAGCCACAGACCCUGCCGCUGCAGAGCGCCCUCGGCCGGCCCCAAGGACCCGUACAGGUGUCCGUACUGCACGCCCAUCCAGAACUCGAGCUUCGGCCACGCGAAGGACGCCCUGCGGAAGCCGGAGAAGCGGGAGGGGCCCCGCGUGGCGCCGUGCGGCUCCAACCUCACCCGGACCGCCAUCCUGGCCGGCGUCAAGGCCGACCAGAAGAGGGUCAUCUACAAGCCCAGCGCCUCCACCGUCGUCAUCGAAAAGCACCUGAAAAACUGAUGCUAGAGACGACUUUCGAGGAAUCAAAAUAAAUCAAUAAACAAAGGAAUAAAUUAUUAGAUAAGUAAACCCCAAGUGCAUUUAAGAUUAGCUAAUUUAUUAUACAAAACAGCAUGUCGUGAAUCGCCUGAAGUCAUAACGUUCCGUAAAUCCAUGUAAGUCGCCCAUUUUAUCCGAAAUGCCAUGAAGAUAUUUUGCGCCGAAUAUCCUCGCAAGACCAUUCCGUUUUCAGCCCCGCGCUUUUUCCCAUCCAAUUGAUUAGGGCGUUAUUAAAUUAGCGACGGUAAAAAGGGGAGAAAAAAUUGUACCGCGGCGCAUAAAUCUUUUGUUCCAAUCAAGAUUUCCAGCUGUUAUUACCGCUGCCGAUUGCACCAAAACUGUACGUGUUAGCAGUAACGCGGAAUUACGUGUGCGUGCGCGCGUGCGUGUUAGAGAGAGAGAGAGAGAGAGAGAGAGAGAGAGAGAGAGAGAGAGAGAGAGAGAGAGAGAGAGAGAGAGAGAGAGAGAGAGAGAGAGAGAGAGAGAGAGAGAGAGAGAGAGAGAGCGAGCGAAAACGAAAACGAAAGAAUAGAUGAAUAACCAAAUGAAUGACAAAAAAGAAACCUCGAAAGGCAGAGGCAAUGAAACAAGAAGCAGAGGACAUCCGCCGUGAGCAAAGGAUAAUUACUGAGCGCGUGGAUUAGCACUGCUUUCAUCACACGCAUUAUUUCUUUCUAAAUUUUCUAACGUAAUAACCAGUGAUUCGGAAGGCUUUACGUGGCAGUGAAUGUGUUCUAAUUGUGUGUUCUUUUGUAACAAAAAAAAUAUAUAUAUACAUGUGUUAAUGAUGUAUUUUAAAGACAGGAAGCCUUUUUAUGAUUAUUAUUUUUAUAAGGUUUCACAUUUAAUAAAGUCCAGUCGAUUAUUAGCGUCUAAAAAUGGUUGUAAAGAGCGGCUUUUAUUCGUAGAUAAAACGGUUUUAUAUCAUACGUGUAGAUAUUCAUAAGGAGUGAAUAACAAUAGCUAUAUAUAUAUAUGUAAAAAAAUAGACCUAGAUUUGUUACAUAACGUGUGAUUAUUAUUAUUAUUUUUAGAUUUGCAAGUAUUUCAUUCAGAUUUCCAUAACUUUAUUAACACUUUUUCUGAGCGAAAUGAGUAAUCACGAUAUGCUAUUUCCACCAUGCAAUGUUUUAUAGAGGUUGUAUAUUUACUGUAUUUUCUAUUUAUUUUUGUAUCUUGUAUAAAAGAGAUUUUUUUCGGGCAC